AGCAGCAGCAUGAAGAUAUUUGUGACGGUUCUGAUGGGCGCACUGGCGCUGGCCCAGGCUGACAUCAGCCUCACCCAAGCGGGUUACAACUACCGCAUCCAGCAGCAGCAGGGACAGGUGCAGCUCCAGCCACCAGUUGUGGCACAUUUGCUUAACCAACAGCUGCAGCAGCAACAACAACAACAUCAGCAGCAAUCGUCACAUCCGGUGCUGCCGCCGCUGCCACUGCCCUAUCUGCCACCCGCUGGCCAGUACCAGUCCCAGGCUGCCGCUCGUCCCACCUCCGCCUCGUUCCCCAUGCCCGCUGGAUUCCCCAUCAACUUCCAGACAGCUCCCGCCCAGCAGCAUCGCCGCCCUCGGCCACGUGUGCGCAUACCCAAGCGUCCGAUUGUGACCAAGAACUUCUUCAUUCACUCGGCGCCCGAGGAGUCCGACGAUGAGGUGCAGGACGAGCUCAACCAGCUGGCCCAGCAGCCGCGCAAUCACUACAACGUGCUGUUCGUGAAGACUCCGGCUCAGACGAACCGCGCUGCCGCCCUCAACCUGGCCAAGACCCUCAAGCAGGAGAAGACUGUCGUCUAUGUGCUGGCCAAGAAGACAACGGCUGCUGACCUGCAGGAUGCCAUUGCCGAGGCGCCGCAGCACAUCAACAAGCCGGAGGUGUUCUUCAUCAAGUACCGCACACCCGAGGAGGCAGUCAAUGCUCAGCGACAGAUUCAGUCGCAGUACGACACGCUCGGCGGCAGCUCCACCAUUACCGAUGAGGGUGUGGCGCCCAUUACCUCUGUGGUGGGUUCGCUGGAUCCCCCAGAGGAGGAUGAAGAGGAGCAGCAGCAGCAGCAGCUGCAGCAGGGCGAGGGCAACUUCAUUGAUAAUGGCAAUAAUGGCGGAGGUGGCAACAUUGGCAAUCAUUAUCUGCCCGCGAACCAGUUUUAAGUAUUCCUCUCAUUGCUAGAUAGUUAGCUGUCAUUACCCCCACAUAGAACCCUCUCUCACCCAAUGUUGUAUAAGUUUUAAGUGUUUAACAAAUUUCGUAUUAAAAGUUGU